AUGAAGUCUGUUUUUAAUCUCUUACUGAUCCUAUCAUUGGUGGUAAUUAUUCUCUCCAUCAAUGUUAGCGGUAGGCCCGUACAAAAGCCUAUGCCAGCUCCGCACCAUUCAUUACCGCCAGUUGAGAGGAAACCACCUGUUGAUGUGAAACCACCUCCCUAUAAAUCGCCUAAGACACCACAUUCAUCGCCUCCACCACCACCCACAGAGAAAUCUAUGCCAUCACCACCAAAAGAAGGGAAACCACCAGUUGAUGUGAAACCACCUCCCCAUAAAUCGCCUAAGACACCACAUUCAUCGCCUCCUCCGCCACCCACAGAGAAGCCUAUGCCAUCACCACCGGUUGAUGUGAAACCACCUUCCCAUAAAUCGCCUAAGACACCACAUCCAUCGCCUCCACCGCCACCCACAGAGAAGCCUAUGCCAUCACCACCGGUUGAUGUGAAACCACCUUCCCAUAAAUCGCCUAAGACACCACAUUCAUCGCCUCCACCACCACCCACAGAGAAAUCUAUGCCAUCACCACCAAAAGAAGGGAAACCACCAGUUGAUGUGAAACCACCUCCCCAUAAAUCGCCUAAGACACCACAUUCAUCGCCUCCUCCGCCACCCACAGAGAAGCCUAUGCCAUCACCACCGGUUGAUGUGAAACCACCUUCCCAUAAAUCGCCUAAGACACCACAUCCAUCGCCUCCACCGCCACCCACAGAGAAGCCUAUGCCAUCACCACCGGUUGAUGUGAAACCACCUUCCCAUAAAUCGCCUAAGACACCACAUCCAUCGCCUCCACCGCCACUUACAGAGAAGCCUAUGCCAUCACCACCAUCUAUGUACUAA